CUAAAUUUCAGGGAAAAAAGAAUCUACAAAGUCAUUUCUUUGCAACAAGUUGAUCAGUUCAUCACACUGAGCAAAUAAUGGCAUGUUUAAUUAUUGCGGGAAUAUUCUAGAAGGGCUAAUGUUAUAUGUGACACUAAAAGGGUUUUGAUUAACCAGAAAUUGUUUGGUAGAGUAUAUAUGUCGUUUGCCUUAAGUCUUUCUGAUUUUCAGAGAUAAACUAAACCUAUCUCCGUCCCUGCCAAAGGCUGACAUUAUGAACUGGAGAACAGUAAUCUAUAUUAUUUUAUUAGUAAGUUUUACUAUAGUCAGAGCCCUGCCAAGAAGUUAUCGGGACACAGAGGAAAAAAACAGCAUCAGCCAACGGUUUUCUCAGCUGCAAGAGAACAAUUUUAAAGCCAUAGCCAUGAUCAUGUUUGCGCAGUACGUGCAAGGAAACACAUUUGGCCAAGUGGUUAAAAUGGCUGAAGCUGUAACAGACUUUGCCAAAAGGUGCACUGAUGUAGACAGAGACAAUCCAAACUGUCAGAAGCCUUUGGACAGGAUCUUCCUCAACACUAUAUGCCAGGAGGACAAUCUUCCUGGAUUUACUGACUGCUGUGCUAAAAAGGACCCUGAAAGAAAUGAUUGCUUCCUCUCCCUUAAAAAUUCAUCAAAAGGAUUCAUUUCUCCUUUUGAAAGGCCAAAUGCUGAAGCUGCCUGCAAAAACUAUUCAGAGCAUCGCCAUUCAUUACCAGGAUAUUUUAUCUAUGAGGUUUCCAGAAGGCAUCCUUUCCUCUAUGCCCCUACAAUCCUUUCUGUUGCUAUCCAUUAUGAUGAGAUGAUGAAGGACUGCUGCAGAAGCACUGAAGACUCCACUCAUAACCUGGAGGAAUGCUUUCGGAGACAGGCCCCAAAGGUGGUGAAGCCCAUCAGAGAAGAUGGCCUGAGGCAGGAACAUACAUGUGGAAUCCUGAAGAAGUUUGGAGAACGGACCAUAAAGGCUCUGAAACUUGUGCAGAUAAGCCAGAAAUUCCCUAAAGCUGAUUUUUUUACUGUUACCAAACUUGUGUCGGAUAUUGCUAACAUGCACAAAGACUGCUGCCGUGGAGAUAUGCUGGAGUGUAUGCGUGAUAGGGAAGAAAUUCUACACUAUGUCUGCACUAACCAAGACAUCAUAUCAAGUAAAAUUAAAAAGUGCUGUGAAAAGCCACUGCUCCAAAGAACUGAAUGCAUUGUUAAUGCAGAAAAUGAUGACAAACCUGCAAACUUGUCUCCCCAGGUUAGGGAGUUUAUAGAAGACAAAGGAAUAUGUGAACGCUUUGCUCAGGAAAAAGAUACCCACUUAGCCAGGUUUCUUUAUGAGUAUUCCAGAAGACAUCCUGAAUUUUCUGCUCAAAUGCUUUUAAGAAUAGGUAAAGGAUACGAGGACCUACUGGAUGAGUGCUGCAAAACUGGCUCUCCAGACAACUGCUGCAGCAGAGGGGAAGAAGAACUGAAGAAACACAUUUAUGAAACUGAAAGUGUGAUGAAAACAAGCUGUGACAUUUACAAGGAGAAAGGAGAUUACUAUUUCCAAAACGAGCUUCUCCUGAGCUUUACCAAGAAGAUGCCUCAGCUAACAUCUGCAGAGCUGAUAAAAUUCACCAAGCAAAUGACUACAAUUGGCUCCAAAUGCUGCCAGUUGAGCCAGGACAAGCUAUUGCCUUGUGCUGAGGAAAAUCUGGAUCUUGUGCUUGGAGAAAUAUGUAGAAGACACCUGACCAAUCCGAUAAACCCUGCUGUUUGCCACUGCUGUAGUAGCUCCUAUGCUCUCAGGAGGCCAUGCAUGGGGAAACUAGAAAUUGAUGAGAAUUAUGUGCCUUUAUCAUUAACACCUGAUCUGUUCACUUUCCACGAAGACUUGUGUACAACUGAAGAAGAAAAGUUACAGCACAAGAAACAGGAAAUGCUCAUCAACCUCAUCAAAUACAAGCCCCAGAUCACACAGGAGCAGUUGACUUCCAUCACCGUGGCUUUUACUGCCAUGAGGGAACAGUGCUGCAAAGAAGAGAAUCGUGAGGCAUGUUUUGUGAAAGAGGGUCCAGAACUUAUAAAAAGAAGUGAAAAACUGCUGUCAGCCUGAGGAGCUCAUUUAGCAUAUUGGAAGAUAUUGGUUGAAUGCUAUGUAGUUGCACAAAUUAAAUACUAAGCGUACCUUUUCUAAAUAUUCAUGAAGUAUAAACAGGAGAAUAUGAGUUAUCAUAGUGGAGAAUACUGUGCUGUGGUUCUUUACCUACAAACCCAAUGAAGUCAGUACAAUUUUCACCAGCUAUAGUUCUGCCAAUGCCUGAUUUUUUUCCACCAUCAACAAGGUAAAGAGGUGCCUCCAGUAAAACAUCACUUUCUGAGAAAAAUCUGACAAGCUAUGAAACUGUAAACACAGUCUACCUUCAGAUCUGAGCCUAACAGAAAUUUAUAAGUGUAUGAAUUUCAUUCAGAUGUGGGAGAAAUUUCUGUGAUAACUUGAUGUGUAGCUCAUAUGCCCUUGAUUCAAAACAAUUAUGAACACGUAAAAUUUAAACCAAAGCAAAUAACUUAAACCCACUUGAAUCCAAAAAUAAGGUGCAACACAAAAGGUAACUGGAUGGAAAAUGAGGUUUUAAAUGUGUCCAUAAUCUUAUGCUACAGAACAUUAUUUUUCUUGUAUGAAAUGGUCAUAGAAAAAGAAAAAAGUAUUCUAAUCUGGCUUCUUAUGAAUCAUAAAGAAAAACAAGACUGAAAAAAUCUGACCAUAACAACUUUUAAAAUAUUUCUAAAUCACCAAAUAUUUUUGGAUAUUUUAAUAGAACUGUCUUUGAAAUACAAAACAUUCAUUCACUAAUAAGGGCUGCAGUAGGGAACAGUAAAAUUGCCUUUAAGCACAGAAAGAUUAUCUUGGUCAUCCCAAGCAGAACAAGGAAGA